AUGGCCGCCCACCCAAUCCCCUCUGCAGACCUCUAUGGGCGCCGGCCCCCGCCGGCCUUCACCAAGUUCCCUGCUCGCAAUGUCUACCAGUACAGCAUAACGAACCUUUAUGUGCAACAUCGGUAUAGGACCUCUACCACCAAAGAGGCCCCCGGCCUGCCCCGCAAACAAAAGAACGGGGCAGAUGCGGCCAGUGUGGAAACUUCCACACUGGCGAGUGCUGGCCCCUCUGUGGGCAAUGCGGGCGCCGCCAUCUCAAGUCCCGCCUACGGCAAGCCAUUGGGAGAAAACUGA